AAGUCAACGGUCGCGACAAAUCAACAACCGCGUGAAGAAGAAUCGUACUGGUCAUCUCUGUUUUCCACAGACGGCAACUUUGUUUCUCUCCGGAGACGUAAAGCAAAGCUUUUAGCCAAUCCAGUUAUGACGUCUGCCGGAAAAGAAGUUUCUUUCAAGUUGUCAGAUCAUUGCCUUCUUAAGAUCGUCAAAGGCGACAUCACCGGUUGGUCCGUCGAUGGCUCCUCUGACGCUAUUGUUAAUCCGGCAAAUGAGCGUAUGCUAGGUGGUAAUGGUGCAGAUGGAGCCAUUCAUGACGCUGCUGGGCCACAGCUGAGAACAGCAUGCUAUGAUGUCCCAGAAGUUCUUCCCGGAGUCCGUUGUCCCACCGGAGAAGCAAGAAUUACGCCGGGUUUCAGCUUGCCUGCAUCUCAUGUGGUUCACACUGUUGGACCUGUUUAUAAUGCCGAGAAGAAUCCUAAGAAGCUCCUGGAAAGUGCUUACAGGAACAGUCUGAGAGUGGCUAAGGAAAACAACAUUCAGUACAUUGCAUUUACUGCGAUAUCUUGUGGUAUUUUCAGGUAUCCUUUGGUUGAAGCUGCUUCGAUAGCUAUUUCCACGGUUAAGCAGUUUGCUAAAGAUUUUAAAGAGGUGCAUUUUGUUAUGUUUAGCGACGAGACGUACACAAUGUGGGUGAACAAGGCAAAGGAUUUGCCACCUCCACCUCCGAGGACAUCCAAAACAGGAUUUUUCAGUAAACUCAACUGUUUUAAUUAAAUAGUUUUGGUAUUUAUGCACCCCGGCAAAAAAGAAAAGGCCAUUGUCUUGUGUAUUUGUAUUCUUUCACAACAAGGACAAGCUUUGAGAGAAACGUGUUUGAUCUUUUAUGAAAAUCUUUCAUUGAGUGC